GCAGCGUCGGAGCGGGAACGUGCCCCGCAGAGCCGCGGGGACAGCAGCCCCUUGUGCGGAGGGAAGGGCUGGAGGAGCAAGGUGUCUGGGUAAGGCAGCUGUGGGAGCGAGCUGGGGACCAGCCGCUGGAGGUGGAGGGUUGAAACAACUUCGCUGUCUGCGGCACUGACGGGCUUGCAGAGCUCCGGCGGCUCCCGGCAGAGUGGGGCUGGGGGGGUCCAGAGCCCGCGUUGCCCUGGGACGAGAGGGCAGGGUGGGCAGACAGGCUGGGGAACGGGCACACAGCAGGACGCGUGGGUAGCGGUGAGUGGCAGUGCUGUGGUCUUUCAGCAUCUUGGUGCUUCCAGCUCUGAGAUCUGCUCAGCCUGGGUGAGGCAUCUGGGGCGUUUGGGAGUGCAGGGGGUGGAUUUGCAGUCCUGCCUGUGGUCUGAUCUCCAGGGUCGACUGAAACGAUCCUUUGGAGACGCCCACCAGGGUCAUGCUGCCUUGUACUGUCCUGGGGAGUGGAACAAGUCCAGUCGUGGAGCAGGUUGCCCAGAGAGGUUGCGCGGUCUUCGUCCUUGGAGGUCCUUGAGGGAGUCGAAUGUGUUGGACUUGGUGGCAGUCCCAGGGAAGCGAUGGCCAUGCUGUGUCGUCAGCAAUGAUUCCCCACUGACAGGCUGAGUGGCACUGACUGCAGAUGGAGAUGGUUCAGCUGUUGCCUGUGGAGAGGAUGCCGGCUCUGAGGCCCAGGUAGGAGCCUGGCCAUGGGGGCCGUGCUGGGGCUGGCACCUCCCUGCUGCCCUCCCUAGCCUGCCAGCAGCUGGCUGCUGCCCCAACGGGCCACCAUGGAGCGGCCCACGCGGGUACCCGGGCCCCUCUGCCUCCUGGGCUUCUUUGGGCGGAAGCCGAAGGCUGUCGGAAGGGAGACAUCACCAGAACGGGAGCCAGAGCUGGAGGAGCCUGAGGAGAUGUGUAUCGCACUGCCCCUGGGCGAGGGCGGGGAGCUGGUGGAGUGUCCCCUGUGCCUGCUGCCCCAGCCUCCCGAGGCCUUUCCCACCCUGGCCUCCUGUGACCACCGUUCGUGCCGGGCCUGCCUGGAGCAGUACCUCCGCAUUGCUGUCAGCGAGAGCCGUGUGCAGGUGGCCUGCCCGCACUGCCCUGCUGCGCUCCAGCCCGCUGACAUCCACCGCCUCCUGGCCGAGCCCGCCCUCCGUGACAAGUACGAGGAGUUCCUCCUGCGACGGCUGCUGGUGGCCGACCCCGGCACCCGCUGGUGUCCGGCACCCGACUGCAGCUAUGCUGUCAUCGCCUAUGGCUGUGCCGAGUGUCCCCGCCUCACCUGCGGGCGUGAAGGCUGUGGCACUGAGUUCUGCUACCACUGCCGGCAGCCCUGGCACCCUGACGGCCCUUGUGUACCAGUGCCACCUGCCCCCAGCCUGGCCAGCCCUGCAGCACAGCUAGUCCACCCGGAGGACUUGGCCCACGCUGAGGCUGAGGACAUCAAAGUCUGUCCCCGCUGCAGUGCCUUCAUCAUGAAGAUCAAUGAUGGGAGCUGCAACCGCAUGAACUGCACGGUCUGUGGCUGCCUCUUCUGCUGGCUCUGCCUGCAGGAGAUCUCUGAUGUGCACUUCCUCAGUGGGCCCAUGGGUCUCCCCCCAGCGCAAGGGCGGGCUGUGCUGGUGUCUGCCGGCCCCUGCACAGGAACCAUUGGCCCAGCCCUGCUCUGUCCUCGCAGCCCCUCUGGCUGCACCUUCUGGGGGAAGAGGCCUUGGUCACGGACCCGGAAGAUCCUGUGGCAGCUGGGCAUGGUGCUGGGGGCGCCUAUGGUGAUCUCCCUCGUCGCGGGCAUCGCUGUCCCUGUCAUUACCAUUGGGAUCCCCAUCUACAUGGGUAGGAAGGUGCUGGGCCAGAGCCGGAGGAGCAGCCUGUCGGGGUGCCAGCAGUGCCUCUCUGUCACCAGCAGUGUCCUCCUCUCUCUCUUUGUGUCCCCCAUCAUAACAGCUGUCACCGUGGGAGUCGGCGUGCCCCUGAUGCUCACCUACGUCUACGGGGUGGUGGUGCUGUCGCUGUGUCGGAGCCGCUGGGGGUGCGGGGGUGGCCGCAGUCCGCCCAGGGAUCUCGGCGUGGUGGAGCUGGAGAACCUGACCAAGCUGAAUGAGCUGUGGUCAGUGCUGCCCAGCCCCAGGCCAGGUGAGGACGGAGUCCUGGACACAACCACCUUCCCCAGCAGCCGCCAUAGCCCGCGCCGUGGGGCAGUGUGGAAGGAGCAUGACAGCCAGUCAGCCAGCAUGGUGGCCCUCGCAGGGAGCAUGCUGAGCGAGGGUCAGGACAUGUCCUACAGGGAAGGCAUCAACAUCGAGGUGGAAGUGUCGAUCGAAGCAGUGCCGCAUCCUGCCCGGGAGCAGAGCCUGUGCAGUGCGCUGUCAGGGCAGAGUCUCUCUGGGGACUCCCUUGGAGGCACCAGUGACAGGUGCAGCACCAUGGGCAUCCCUGCAGAGUGAGGGGGACUGAGCAGCACUGAGUGGUGAGACCCUCAAUCCACAGAGCCCCCACCUGGGCUCCCACCUGCCACUGACACAAAGAUCCCAUGCUCUCCUGUGGCAGAGCUGGUGACCCUCUGUGGGGCACCACCAGCCCCAUGAACUGGGUCCUGGCCAUCCCCCAGGCUGGCAGGGCCCUGACUGCACUCAGUGCUGCCUGCAGCCUGCGCCCAGCCCCAUCCACCCCUUCCCGAAGGCAGUCUUCAGCAUUGGCACCACUGGGAAAUAAAACUACUCUCUGAGGGUC